AUGCCCGGCUCCUCUCCCGAGGCAAAGGCUGCCGCCUCUGGCUCGCCAUCCUACAUUGCCCACGUGGACCUUCAAGUGCCUCCGUCUCCGCGAACCCAUCGCGCUCUCCGACGCCUGCAGUCCGCGCACACCUUGGGUGCCUCUCGGUCAUGCACAUCCAGCCAGCCGUCCCUCAUCACCCAGCAGCGACGCGAUCUGCAGCGGAACGCCUCGCCCACCCGCGGCUUGAACACAACCCGCUCGCCUCAGCGAGGCCGCGCCAACAGCGAUGCCACCUCGGCCUCGGCAUACACGGGCGCCGUGGCCGCGUUAAAGCGCACCGGCCUGAAGAAGCCCGUCUUCUCGCACGGCCACCUGUCCCUGCAGCAGAUAUUUCGCGACGGGCCGAGCGACGGCGACUUUCUCGGCGCCCUGGAAAGCGCCCGGUGGAAAGUGAUUGACGAGGGCAUCAAGAGCGCAGACGAUGGAAUGUCACCGCUUAGAAUCUACGUAUGGCUUGUUCUGCUAGACGCACCCAUCAUGUCGACCAGCGACUACCUCUCCCUCAUUCACCGCGGCGCGUCGCCCGCCUACUCCAAAAUUCGCAACGACACCUUUCGAACAUUGACUACAGAUCCCCUCUUUCGUCGGCGCGUCAGCGAAGCGAGUCUCAUCCGGCUGCUUAAUGCGAUUGCUUGGACGCUGCACGACGAGAAGGAGCAGCAGCGUCAGACCAGCCGACCUAGCAGUAGUCAGUCCUCCGCCCCGAGGCAAAGCCUUGGAGGAAGCGUUUCCGGGCAUUCUCAAGGCAGGUCGGGGACUGGGCCAGAGCCCGGCACAUAUGUCCAGGGCAUGAAUGUGCUGGCGGCCCCCUUCUUGUACGCUGCCCGCAGCGAAGCCGAGGCUUUUGUCGCCUUUCACUCUCUCCUCACCAAGGAAUGCCCUGGGUAUAUUCGUGGCGCGAUGGACGGUGUCCAUCGUGGCCUGGCUCUUGUAGACAAGGUUCUGGCCAUUGUCGACCCCAAGCUCAGCAUGUACCUCACGGCCAAGGGUCUAUCCGCGGAGAUAUAUGCCUUCCCAUCGGUCCUGACCCUGUGCGCUUGCACACCCCCGCUGCCCGAGGUCCUGCGGCUCUGGGAUUUUCUGUUUGCCUAUGGGCCGCAUCUGAACAUUCUCUGCAUUGUCGCCCAGCUCACCAUCAUGAGGUCGCAGAUUCUUCAAUCGCCUAGCCCGAACAAGGUCCUGCGAUCGUUCCCCCCUCUGAACGCUGACCUGAUCAAGAGCGUGACCAUCGGAAUCAUCAAGAAGAUUCCCGACGACGUCUACGCGGAAAUCGUCGCUCACGCCAUGUGA